AUGCAGCCCUUUGAUGGUGUUCCACUGGACUGCGCUGGCUUUGGGGGCCCAUGCGCGGGGCCCCCCUUUCCCUUCAUCCCACCAAAAGGGGGCGUUUGGGAUCCCUUAGGCCGGGGACAGGACUGGACCGCAAAACAGGGCGGGGGGGGGAAUCCCUCCCCCGGGUUCGGCCGGAAGGGCAGCCUCUACCUCCCCCAACGCAAUCGUGAAACGCAGCAGACUGUCAACGUCUGGGGCCUCGGAGGCCCCACCGUCGAGGACUUCUCUGCGCAGAUCUAUGGGGAUAUGGCUUACCGCAGGGAGGGUCAAUCUGUGAACGGUGUUCGACCCCUUCGCACCUUUCGUGGGAUGGUGAAUAGCAGCCAGGACGUCAGUAAGCCGCGGCGCGUCUCCACCCGGCGCAAUUUGCAGGACCGCGGCAGCACCGGAUACGGCGGGAUCGCCUUCAAACGCUCGGUUUGUAUGUCCAAUGGGGAACCUGCAGGGGUAGGAUCUAUCCCUAUGCAAAUGAUGGGCGUUCCAGAACCCUUUCUAGAGACAUGCCCAGAACCGAUGCUUCCAUGGGAGUCCAUGGAGGUGGAUGUAGACAAUUCCGUGGGUUCCGUGAGCGUGUUGGAAAGGGCGCCUCAGUGA